UCAACGUAGAAGAAGAAAAGAAGCUAAAGAAGAAGAAGAAGAAACAUGGAACUUCAGGUGGGAUUUGAACCGAUGGCCUUGGGUUCUCCUUUGUCUCCUAAACCAGCCUCUGGAGCUCAGUUUCUGCCCGGAUUCCUGAUGGGUGACCUUCCAGCUCCAGCUAGCCCCCAGCCCCGCCCAUUCAGCCUGGCCACACCCACUGUGGAGAGCAGCACAGCAGCAGCUGGUUCCACUCCCCAGCACGUCAUCCCCACACCCAAGGACAACAAAAGUGGAGCCCCGCCUGUUCGCAGUAUCCAUGAUGACCUGGUUGCUGUGACCUUGCCCCUCAGUGCACGCAAGCAGGGUUUUCCAGUUGUCCAGUCUCCACUGUCUGCACAUCAGGUCUGGAGUCCAGGAGCAGGUGUGCAGCAGUUGUGUCUGUCUCCAGCCCAGGUGGAUCCGUUCUACAGUCAGGGAGAGACGCUGUCGUCUGAUGAUCAGCUGGACCAGACCUGGGUCACGGUCUUUGGGUUCCCGCCGGCCUCGGCCUCUUACAUCCUGCUGCAGUUUACUCAGUAUGGAAACAUCUUGAAGCACACGAUGGCGUCUCCUGGUAACUGGAUGCAUCUUCAGUAUCAGUCAAAGCUUCAAGCCAGAAAGGCUCUGUCCAAAGAUGGAAAAGUGUUUGGAGACACCAUCAUGGUGGGAGUCAAACCCUGCAUCGAUAAGAGUGUGAUGGAGGACACUGAGGUCCUCUCUCCUCCCUUCUCCUCCUCUAUUCCUCACUCCUCCAUCAGACCGCUCAGCAGCGCCGUCUACAGGACCUCCAGCACAGACUACCAGGUGGUGACAGACAGACAGACACCAAGGAAGGAUGACAGCUUUGUUUCUAAGGCGAUGGAGUACAUGUUUGGAUGGUGACCCCUCACAUUGCAUCAUGGGAUAUGUGCAGCCUUUACCAGACAGAUAAAUUAUUCAGUGUUUCUGCUAACAAGGUCUAUUCUUUAUGUUUAAGGUUUUUAUGUGUGCUAAUAAUGCAAUAAAGUUUUCUCUUUUUUAA